AUGGGCAAUCGUAUCAGGCUCAGCUCUGAGUCCCUCUCUGUAUCCAGAGAUGAAGACUUCCAGGCCAGAGGUGAAGAUGAGGUCGGAACGCCAACUGAGGGGCCUCCAUUUAGAGGACGGUCUAAGUCGGCUCCUCCUACUUUCUGGGCAGCCAGGAAAUACGGCCAGCAACUCCGAAGGAUGAGUGACGAGUUUGACAGCUUGCUGGAUAAAGGGCAGAUGAGGAAGGUGACAAGCGCUGGAUCGACCAAACAGAUGCACCAUUCAAAAAGCUGGUGGAGCCUCUUCAGUUACCAGGAAUCAGAUAACGAGAGCAACUGUCACGAUAACCACACUCACCGCAAUGAGUAGGGUCAAAGGCGAGACGACGCUUUUAUCAGGAACAGUGGGAACUGCUCUGUGCAGGGAGAAACAAAGUCCCUGCUACACGUGUGUAUUUUUUUUUUUUUUUUUUACUUUUUGUAUUUGUGAUGGUUGUGAUGCUGACAACCUGCUGUAAAAUGAUAAAAGUUAAAGUAAAUACUGGCCUGAGGAUUACAAUCCCAUAAGAAAUGGAUGACUUGUGCAAAAGAGAUAUUGCAAAGGUGAUAUUAUGUAAAGGUGAGAAUGUGCAUGUGACGAUCUGAAGAAGAACAGAGAGGCAGCUACUCACACAAGAUGCUUACAAAUCCAUCCGCCGAAUGCAAUAACGCUGCAGAUUGAAAUAUAAAAAAAAAAACAAAAAAAAAAUGGUUAUCGAGGGCAUUCCUUCCCUUAUCGCCGUGUGGAAAUCAAAGUGGCAGAGGUGUCUGCAGAUUCCACUUCUUGUCAAUAAAGUGCUCGCGUUGGGCUUCUGUCCACGCUGCAUCGACUCAAGCCAACCGCUUGGUGUAUCACACUUCCCAAAAUUAGAACAAUCUUGUUUGACGACAAUCUGACGCAGAAUCAAUAUGUUUUGUAACGUGCUGAACUUCAGGGUUAGAUUUUAUCUGAUGACACACACACGCAAGCACACAACUAAAAGCACAAAUCUGAAUCAGAGUCUUUAUUUUAGAGGCCUUGGCGAUGAAAUCUAAACAGACAUAGCGAUUUUUAUGUGUACAAAGUUUGUUCAUAUUUUAAGUGGCAGGGGAACAAGUGAAAGGCAUUGUGUGUCAGCGGAAUAUCACAAGUUACACAGGGUACAAUUUGUGGUUUUUGUGAUAAAUGCUAAAAGAAGCGUUUGAGGAACCACUGUAAAAGGGGACAACACCAAAUCUAGUCAUUCACUGGUAUACUAAUGAAGAUAACCCAUCAAAAGCAACAUUUAUUGUAAUCUAAAAAGCUUUAUUUUCUUUUAUGUAAUACACAAAUCUUAUUUGGUGUAUUGAAAAAAAAAAUACCAUUUUUUAAAUUUGGUCUUUUACUCCACAAUAAUGUGGAGGGGGGGGACUUUCACAAAACCAUGAGUUUUGCCCAAUUCAUCAUUGCGUAAAUGUGAUAACAUGUUUGUUCACUUUUACCUGUACUGGGUUGUGAAUAAUGGCAUAAAUGGGAACUUUGUUCUCAGAUUGUUGAUGUAACACUGGAUUUGUUGUUUAUGGAAAACCACGUGGACUUUGGAUGAUAUUCCAGCACAGUUAAAAAAAAAAAAAAAAAAACUGAAAUCAUUUACAAUUUUUUAAUAUUUGGCACCAACUCUGUACAGACACUUGUUCACAAAUAUGGCCUUGUUUUAGUGUUACUAUUGUCACAACAAUAAAAGUUGACCAGGAAUAACUGGAUUACCGAAUGCGGAGCAUGCCGCUUUUUUUAUACCCGGCGACAUUACGUUGACAUGGCGCGUUUCACUAAUAAUGAGCUUUACCAAAGAAAAUGCUAUCCGCGGUUCACAGCAACAGUUAUCUGCGGUUAGUUGUUUCAUAAGGCCAUCAUUAGAGAACCGCGCCAUACGUAGCAAAGAAUGGUGGCACGAGCCACAUUCAGAAGUCCGGUAAUUACCAGAAUAUUUUAUAUCUCUGUUCAGAUUUAGUAUUAAAAACCUGAGGUGAUAACUUCUAUUCUGCUUAGUAAAUAUGAUGGGGCUAUUUGUGACUCUUUUAUCUAUGUGUGUUUCUUAGAAAUGGUAAUCGGUUUGUCCUACUUUACUGUCCUCUGGACUUGUUAGGGUGAAUUGUUAAGUGCUCGGGUGUGCAGGCAAAUGGACUGUUUGUAUCUUCUAUGAACUACGCAUUUAUCCCCUU